GGGGCCGCGGCGCGCUCGGCGCUUGCUCCCUGGCUGGCGCUCCUCAGUCGGCCGCUGCCUGCCUGUCGCCGGGCUGGGAGAGCCCGUGUGUGUGAGUGACGCGGCGGAGGUGUAGUUUGACGCGGUGUGUUACGUGGGGGAGAGAAUAAAACUGCGGCGAGAUCCGAGGCGCGAACGAAAGCAGUGACGGAGCCGCGCGGAGCCGGGAGGUGAAGAAAGUGAGGCAGAAGUUUCAGAGGCCUAGGACAUAUUUGUGUGGGGAAAAUAGCUGUUCCUUUCCCAGAUACCAAGAAUAAAGUGAAAAGAGAGAAAAUGAAAUGGAAUCAUCAUCCUCUUGAGUAGCCAGACCCACCUUUGGAUGCAAGGCAACAAUCUUAAACGAUUAUGAUCCUCAUUGACAGGCUUCAAGUGGAUGCUUAUAGGUGAAAACUUUAUUCUGUGUAACUAAAUGACCAUGGAAUCUGGUGCAGAGAACCAACAAAGUGGAGAUGCAGCCGUUACGGAGGCAGAAACCCAACAGAUGACCGUACAGGCACAGCCACAGAUUGCAACUUUAGCCCAGGUAUCUAUGCCGGCAGCUCAUGCAACAUCAUCUGCUCCCACUGUGACAUUAGUACAGUUGCCUAAUGGGCAGACAGUUCAGGUCCAUGGAGUUAUUCAGGCAGCCCAGCCAUCAGUUAUUCAAUCUCCACAGGUCCAAACGGUUCAAAUCUCCACUAUUGCAGAAAGUGAAGAUUCACAGGAGUCAGUAGACAGUGUCACAGACUCUCAGAAACGCAGAGAGAUCCUUUCCAGGCGACCCUCCUACAGAAAAAUUUUGAAUGACUUGUCCUCAGACGCCCCAGGAGUGCCAAGAAUUGAAGAAGAAAAGUCAGAAGAGGAGACAUCAGCACCUGCCAUCACCACUGUGACGGUGCCAACUCCCAUUUACCAAACCAGCAGUGGGCAGUACAUUGCCAUCACCCAAGGAGGAGCCAUACAGCUAGCCAACAAUGGUACAGAUGGAGUACAAGGCCUCCAGACAUUGACCAUGACCAAUGCAGCUGCAACCCAGCCUGGCACCACCAUUUUACAGUAUGCACAGACUACUGAUGGACAGCAGAUUCUUGUACCCAGCAACCAAGUUGUUGUACAAGCUGCCUCAGGAGAUGUGCAGACCUAUCAGAUUCGCACAGCACCCACCAGCACCAUUGCACCUGGUGUGGUCAUGGCAUCAUCUCCAGCACUCCCUACCCAGCCAGCAGAGGAAGCUGCACGAAAGAGAGAAGUGCGCUUAAUGAAAAACAGAGAGGCAGCACGUGAGUGUCGCAGGAAGAAAAAGGAAUAUGUGAAAUGUCUAGAAAACCGAGUUGCUGUGCUUGAAAACCAAAACAAGACAUUAAUUGAGGAGCUAAAAGCACUUAAAGACCUAUACUGCCACAAAUCAGAUUAAUUUUGGAUUCCCAUUUUCAUUUGUCAAGGUGGGAUAGAGACUAGUUUUGGCCACAACCAGAAAGACAAAGUAAACUUUUUAUUUUCUAAACAUUUCUUUUUUUCUAUGCGCAAAACUGCCUGAAAGCAACUACAGAAUUUAAUUCGUGUGUGCUUUGCAUUAAACUGUGAAUGUUCAAACACUUGCCUCCACUUCUCCCCCCAUCACCAAGUCUCCUGAGCAUGAUGAAGAAGAGAAGACUUCUUACUCAUCUUCCCAUCCUCUUCAAGGAGUAAUAAUGUUCAUUUUGUGAAGUUUUGCUGUGUGGAAGGGUUCUUUUAUAAUGAUUUCAAGAAUCUGUGCUGAGCUUUUUUGAUUGCCUUAGGGACACAGUCACCCCAGCCUCUUGGCCUGAAGUACUUUGUAGGCUACAUAUAUAGAAUAGGCCUGGUGCAAUGAAGAAGCAAUGGUUGCCAAAUUGAUGCAUGCUUUCACAUACUCAUUAUAACUGUAAAGAUAUACAGCUGAGUGGCAUGCCAAACAAAGGGAGCUCCACAAACAGAUUCUUUAUAUGGAGACAUGGGAGGGAAACUUCUUAAUAAAACAAGCCCAGGAGGCUUUUUGGUGUUUAAUCUGUAGUCUGUCCACCCCUCCUGGAUUGAUAAAACUUCUUCAUGCCUCAGAAACAAAUGCAUUAUGGCACCAAUUUUGGUCAGCUAUUGCUUCUUGGAGCAAUUAUGUGUAUUCAGUAUUCUGAACACAUGAAAAGAAAUCACCAACUGAAUGAAACAUAGUAAUAUUUGGAUGGGAAAUGAACUCAGAGUAAACAAAGGUACAGUAGCGGACAGCUUGUGUUUAGAAGAUAAUUUCAUGUAAAUGAGAGGAAUGCAUUAAAGCACUACUUGUUUUUAUGCAACUGAGCAGUUGAAGUAUAGCCAACUCCAUGUACAAAUUGAUUCGUGAAAAUGAAAUUUCUUUCUGGUAUCCCCCAUUCUUUCAAACAGUUUGGUUAUCUGCAUUACUUCACAUGAUCAUUGCUUUUCUAAAUUCUUUUUCAAAACUUGAGGCCCCUCUGUAUACUGAAAUUCAUAUUUUGGAGUGAUAUCUUGAUAUCCAGAAGGAUCUUGAACAUUGAGGAGGACUAAACAUGAAUAAAUAUUCCUCGCUAAAACCCACUCUUCAUGGAGCAAUGCAGAAGCUGUUUGAGGAAAAUAGCAAUUAUUAAUUUGCCCCUAUUAAGGUUAAAUUACAUAAUUUAUUCAUUGGAUUGGUAUUAAUAUAAAGGGUUGGACUGAGCAAAAGGUUCACACAUGUGAAGAAUUUUACUCUCAUUUCAAACAAUCAGGCUCUUUUGUGUGCACUGAAGGAACAGCUGUCUUUUCCCAGAAAUACAUUUCAAGAAACAGUAGAGGGUAUCAAAUUCAAAAGAGUGACUGCUGUACUCAACAUUCAUAUAUCCAUUAUGUGUCAAAAACAAUCAUGUUCAGUUUAGUUUAUCGGUCCUUUAAAGCCAGACUGAUAUGUUAACUUGGUCAUUUGAACUAAGUUUGCUUUGGGCCUCAGGUCCUGGUUACUAUUUCAACCUGUCUGUAUAUAGACAUCCAUACAAAGUCUCUGGUCUGUACAAAUACUGACCUAUCCAAAUAUUAGCUAUAUCAUAUAUUUUCCCAUUCCUUAAAUCUGUUUUAAGAUAAAUUUUCCAAUUUGAACUUAUUUUAAAGAGUUAUAGUCAGUGUGAUAUUAUAAUAAAAGAUUAUUGGGAGGACUAAAAGUAACUGAGUCAAAUAACUCUAGCAGUAUUAAAGGUUCUGGUUUCCUCAUUUGGGAGGGUGCAGUUUCCAAGAGACUUAAGAAUGAGCAAGGUUAAAAUCGGAGCAUUAUAAUUUAAUUUAGGGCUGUUGAUAACUUUGGGUCCAGUUUUGUUUGUAUGGAUGUGAAACAAAAAUGGAACAGAACUUUUGCAAGUACGAUAGGAUGAGUUUUCAAGUCUGAGUAAUUUUUAUACGUGGUCUAUUUUUAUCUGCCGUAAAGGAUUGAUUGUUCUUUUUUUUUUUUAUGUAAUCAGUUGCAAAUUUAUUAAUUUCACGAUCAAACCUAGAGAAAACCCUAAAAUUCUUAAAUAUGCUUUUAUAAGAAUCAGCAGAUUCUUAACAAUUCAAAAUAUAUAUGUUAUAAUGAAUUAAUGCCUGACUGUAGACAAAUGGCUUACCAACUGCAUGGUAUUUUUUCAGAAUUAGUGCUACAAGCAGAAGCCUUUAUGAUAUUGCAGGAGUGAUCUCUAUAAUGCUGAGCUAAUUUAUUUCCUCAUUUAAGCAAUUAAGUGUAAUGGCCCCUCCAGCUUUGAGAAAUUAAAUAAUGCUGGAUGUGCCCUACAUGAAGCAGACCAUUUCUUACUAUAGAUCCAAUUAUUUGCAAAAACAGGUUUAGUGAUGAACCUGCAUGAAAUUAGUAGACUAUUUCAGAUCUGUUCCUUGUAGAUAAUUGGCACUAAUUAGUACCCUUGCUGAUAGUCUCUUAGCAAAGCAUCCAAGAACUGAGUGAUCCGUGGAAACUGAGCUGCUAGCCCCAGAUGUGCUUCUUUAUAGGGCAGUGUUGAAAUGCUCGUGAGGCAAAGUAGAAAGCUCCUGUUGCCAUUGUCCAUGUUGUAAAUGUUCUUUGAAUGCAGCUGUUAGGGUUAUCAUUAUAGAACCUGUCAGCAUUCAAGUCACACUGAAAAGAAUCUCAUUUUAAAGUAUACAAAUAUUUGCAAGAAUCCUUAUUUUUAUUUAUGCAGCACUGAGGUUUUAGGGACUUGGAUUUGGUUCAUAGAAAUUUAAAAAACAAAUGAACAAUAAAAUACAUAUUAUUUUAGACCAAGUACAGGGCUGGCUGAGUUUACCUGUAUGCUUUACGUUCAUGUUGGCCAAAAAGGGGAAGACAAAUACAAUCCAGGAAUCCUUUCGUAUGUCAUUAACACACCAACUAGCAAAUAGUAAGGUUAGGGUAGUCAUCUUUUUAUGAAUUAUGGGUUAAUUGGCUGUAGGUCAGAAAUUCUGCUGAAAGUAAAUGGAGGACUUAGUUUUAUAUCUCACAGUUCUAAGUUUUCAAGAGUUGAUAGCUUGGUUUAAAGUGAGGGUUAGAAAGGGCUAGACCCAUUAUGUUCAUAAUAACCAAGAAUUGGUUUCAAAUAUAAUUUUUGUAAUAUCGUUUUUUGCAAAACAAAAGCACCAAGCUGGCAGUUAAGAUAUUGUCAGAGGUGCUCUCUUAAUUUAGAUAUUCUUGGAAAAUAAUACAUAUGUAUAAUAUAUGUACAUAUAUAUAUAUAUAUAUAUAUAUAUAUACACACACAGUAUAUAAUCUACAGCUCUGAGAGCUUUUAAGUCAGGAAUGCUGAGUAUUAUAGUAUAUUGAGGUCAGAAAAAAUUUUUACUUUUGUGUGUGUGUGUGUGUGCGCGUGUGCGUGCGUGCGUAUGCGUGCUUACAUUUUUCAGUAGUUUUGGGCUGCAUUAUUUUGGCGCUGAUUUUAUUUUGUUUUGUGCUUUUGUUCAGUUAUCCAUUUUCUAGAAUUUUACUUCAUCCUUCAUGGCUCUUGUGUUUUUCUUAGAUGGAGAUUUUGAAUUAUGUAAGCAAAUGUUUAAAAACUCACCACCCCUCAAGAUUACUCAUUUUUGUGCUUUGUCUUUUUGGCAGCUAUAUAAUAAAGGCAAAGGCAAAUGGGAGGGUUUUUUAAGGAACCACUGAUAAGAUUUCUUUUCAUCCUGGGUAGAGCCUAUGCAUUUUUAUUCAAUCAGUGAUUUCACCAGAUAUUGACAGUGGCCAAGCAGCGUUGCUAGUAUCUGAAAGCACAAUUUCAGUCAGUCAUGCCCUUCAGGACAAAGUCAUCUGUAGGGUUCUGGCUGUUCUGUCAUUUGUUUUUGCAUCUCAGACCUACUGUCUUUUCUGGUUCUCUGUGUGGACCAGAAAGUUGGUGGGGUGUUUGGAACCCUACAAAGGCUCAGGAAUAAAAAAAAAGUUUGAUUUAGCAAAGGAAAAACAGCUCUGUAUGUAAUAUUUCUGAUGUAAAUUUAUACUAUAAUUUUUAAUCUGGGCUUCCAUUAGACAGACAGCAGCUGCAGGCAGUCAUCUGUUAAUUAAAACUGACAUCUGCUUAUUUUUAAUUUUUAAAAAUUGGUAGCCAGUGCGAUUAGCAGGUUAAAGCAAAGACAAGUCUACACUUUGAAGUGAGUUCAUUAUCAGUGGUUGCAAUUGUAUGGCAGUUCAUAGGAGGGUUUCAGUGAAUUUGAGACCCUGUUCUUAUUGACAUUUUUUUGCCCUGAAAAAAGGUUGCAACAUAACAUCCACCCAUGACUUAACAAAAAGGUUGUGUAUUUAUUUUUGUUACAUGAUAUCCUUUGUAAAUGUUUGAUAAAAUAUGCACUUUUAGAAACAAAACUACAAAAAAAAUGAGAUCUUGAUGUUAGUUUUGUUUGAGAAGCUCCCUGGCAUGGUCAUUACAGACAGCUAUACAUGUGUCUCAGUUGUCUCCAAAAAUCAGUUGAUACUUUCAUGAAUUAACUUUCAGGAUGAAGCCUAUCAGUACCUGACUUUCAGCAGGUACUUCUUCAGAAUGGAAAGGGAUCUGAACUGGCAGUACUGAAGUGUUACAGAGUGUAGUGUCUCUCAGCAAUAUGAAUGUUGAAUUAUUUUAAGACAGAACUAGUUUAGAGAUCUCAAAUGAGAAAGGGGAAUUAAUUUGGAAUAGAAAAUAACACAUCUUCAAUCACUUUACUCCUCUUUCCCUCAUUUGUGAGUUAGCUACACAUUGCAGGAGCUACAGCCCACGAAAAUAGAACCAAUAGGAUUUACAAGCUCUUGGUACUAGGAACAUGAGUUGCAUUUAGUGAUGAUAUCUUGUCCAUUAAGGUAAAAAAAAA